UCCAGUGUUGUUCGAGACUCAGAAUAUUCCGAGAGUUUGGUCGAAAUCCAACGCUUAGAGGAUCGCCGUAACUAUAAGAGAGAGAUCGACACCGAAUCCAUUGCCGGAAAACCACCCGUUUUUGCCAAAACAUUGCGUAAUAUCGAGACUACAGAAGAGGCGAACGUUCACCUCGAGUGCCGUCUCGAGCCGUCGACCGGCGAUAUCGAGACCACAAUUGAAUGGUUCAAAAACGGUCAACCGAUUACAGUUGGGCAUCGAUUUAGACCCCAAUUUGACUUUGAUUUCAUCGCAUUAGACAUUCACUGCGUUUAUCCCGAAGACAGCGGUCUCUACACCUGUAAAGCCAGGAAUAUAUUCGGCGAAACCGUCUCCUCGUGUCAGCUCUUAUGCCACGGAAAGAGUCAACGAGUGAUCUAUGAGACGGAAAUGUCGGACAGUUUUAUGAAUGCCCGGCAUUUGGAGGAAACGAAACGAAAAACACGCAAAGAUGUGACUGAAAUAGACGAUGAGAUCCAAAGAACAAAACCAAAGUUUUUGACAAAAUUCCGUAAUCUAGAGCUCCAGGAGUUUCAAUCGGCACACAUUGAGUGCCGCAUCGAACCCGUCAAUGACCCCAACCUUACGGUCGAGUGGUUUUAUAACGGGAAUCCACUUCCAGUCGUAUGUAUCGCCUCACCAACGGGUAAGGGCCAUAGAUUUCAACCGUUUUAUGAUUUCGGUUAUAUUGCGCUCAAAAUUCUACAAAUCAUUGAAGAGGACUCCGGAGUCUAUACGUGUCGGAUCACCAAUAAGUCUGGAAGCGAUGAGUUGUCGGCCACUAUUAUAUGCCACGGAAGGGCUUCCAUCGAUAGGGAGUCACAAUUCCCCGACACUUACGCCAAGACUAAGCAUUUGGAAGAACGCGGAUAUUAUACCAGAGAUUCAUACGUCGACGACAUGACAAAACAGGCGCCGGUCUUCACGACAGCGCCCAAGAAUAGAGAUGUGACAGAAGGAGAUGGCGUCCACUUUGAGUGCCAAUUGACACCCAUCGGUGACCCGACCCUUAAGGUCGAGUGGUUUAAAAAUGGCGAACCAUUACUCCAGGGCUCGAGAUUUGUCGAGAUUUUUGACUUUGGUUUUGUGGCACUCGAUAUACGACACGCGUAUGCGGAAGACAGCGGAAGGUAUACCAUAAGAGCCGUCAAUGAUUACGGAGAGGCGACCACUCAGGCGUUCCUCAAGUGUCGGCCCACUUCUAGUCUCAUCACAACCUCUCAAUUAGAGGGCAGUCUCUCCAGCAUUAGACGACUCGAGCGUAAGAGAGAGCGAGUGGUCGAAGAAGAGGAAGCGAUAUCAGAGGCGCCGGUGUUUACGCAACCGAUGAGAAACUUGCGACUCAUUGAGAACCAAAGCGCACACUUCGAGACGCGUUUGAUUCCUGUCGGCGACUCCGAUAUGUGUGUCGAGUGGUUCCACAACGGGUCGCCACUAAUGCUCGGCUCCCGUAUGUCCACAAUCAACGACUUCGGUUACGUCGCCCUCGACUUCAAGUACGUGAAGCCCUCCGACAGCGGGACCUUCACCUGCAAAGCCAGCAACCGAUUCGGUGGAGCCGUCUGUUCGGCCACUCUUCACGUCGAGGACACGAAGUCCAUCGUAAGCGACACCUCUUUCCCCGAUUCCGUCCAAAAGAUCUCAUGUCUGGAGGGAAGGAAUUUCUACCGAAAAGAAGAGAUCACAGAAACGACAUCCGAUAGGAAACCCUAUUUCGUGACAGAACUCAAAGGCCCUAACGUUGGAGAGGAGGGAAAGAGCGCUCACUUCGAGUGCCGAAUCGAGCCCUUCCCAGACGAGACAAUGACCGUCGAGUGGCUUCUCAAUGGACAUCCCCUACAGAUCGGCAACAGAUACCGAACUCUAUUUGACUUUGGAUUCGCUGCGCUCGACGUUAUGGCUCUCAUACCCGAAGAUUCUGGCGAUUAUGAGAUUAAAGCAACCAAUCAUUUGGGUUUUAACACAUCCAAAGUGACGCUCAAAGUCGUGGACAGGGGUAGUGUACUAUUGGACUCAAUACAACCGAGUAGUCUCAGCAAAAUACGAGCCCUCGAAACGCCCCGACGGGUCAAACGCCAGGACGACGACACCAUUUUCGUCGAUAAACCAGAGUUUGGAAACUCUUUACGCAAUUACGAGAACCUGAAAGAAGGCGAACCCUUCCAUUUGGAGGCCACUCUCACCCCCGCCGACGACCCGACGAUGAGAGUCGAGUGGUUAGUGAACGGCGUUCCCCUCCAAACCGGACACCGUUUCAAAUCACUGCACGAUUUUGGUUUCGUUGCGCUCGACGUCCUCUACGCCUAUCCCGAAGACUCGGGCACUUAUAUGUGUCGUGCCGUGAAUGAGGCCGGAGAGGCCGUCACCACCGGUUCCAUACUUGUUGAGCAGCGAAAGGUGAUCGACACCGACACUAUCCAUGAGGAGAGUCUUCAGCAAAUUCAAGCACUUGAAAGACCGCACGUAAGGCAACGCCUGUCGCCUCAGAUGGAAACGUGUCGACCGGUGUUUACGAAGCCAUUGAAAAAUCUUGAAAACCUGAGAGAAGGCCAAUCGGCGCAUCUCGAGUGCCGACUCGAGCCAAUCAAUGACCCGUCAAUGACUGUCGAGUGGUUUCUCAACGGAACUCCGCUCAAAACUGGCCAUCGAUUUAGACUAACCAAUGAUUUCGGUUAUAUAGCCCUCGAUAUACUGUACGCAUACCCGGAAGACACGGGAACUUAUAUGGUUAGGGCUACCAAUGAUUUAGGAGAGGCUGUCAUAACUUGUACCAUCAGUGUUACGGAGAAGCGAUCCAUUAUUUACGACACCAUUAAUCCGGACGGACUCGAGAGGAUUCAAUACUUGGAAAGACAAACACCUCGAGGACUGCAAGAAGUGGAAGAGAGACCUCCGACUGAACCAAUGUUUUUGUCCAAAUUAAAGGGCACAACACGACUACAUGAGGGACAGAGAGCUCACUUCGAGUGCAGAGUUGAGCCCUCAUAUGAUCCACAACUAGAGAUUGAAUUCUUACACAACGGAAAGACUUUGAUUUCUGGCUCACGUUAUCAUACAUUCAGUGAUUUCGGAUACGUAUCGCUUGAUAUCGCAUACGUUUAUCCCGAAGAUUCCGGAAGUUAUUCAGUGAGAGCUUCCAAUUUGUUGGGAGAAGUGAUCACUUCUAUUAACCUCACUGUCGAGGGGAAGAGUUCAAUACAGACGGAAAGCAUGCAUUCGGAGGCUUUGCCUAAAUUGCAUGCUUUGGAAACAGAAUAUCGUUAUACAGUUCAGGAAGAAGUGCUCACAUUUCAAAGGCCUGUAUUCACGACUCCCUUACGAAAUAUCGACAAUGUAUUAGAAGCAGACGCCGCGCACUUCGAGGCCAAACUCAUUCCCGUCGGAGAUCCCACUCUCGAAGUCCAGUGGUAUCACAACAACACACCCCUCAAAACAGGAUCGAGAUUUAUAACAAUGAAUGAUUUCGGUUACGUCGCGCUCGACAUCCUUCAAAUACAACCGGAAGACGCGGGCGUUUAUACGGCACACGCCGUCAACUCUAUGGGCGAAGCGGACACGAAGUCCAUCGUAAGCGACACCUCUUUCCCCGAUAGCGUCCAAAAGAUCUCAUGUCUGGAGGGAAGGAAUUUCUACCGAAAAGAAGAGAUCACAGAAACGACAUCCGAAAGGAAACCCUAUUUUGUGACAGAACUCAAAGGCCCUAACGUUGGAGAGGAGGGAAAGAGCGCUCACUUCGAGUGCCGAAUCGAGCCCUUCCCAGACCAGACAAUGACCGUCGAGUGGCUUCUCAAUGGACAUCCCCUACAGAUCGGCAACAGAUACCGAACUCUAUUUGACUUUGGAUUCGCUGCGCUUGACGUUAUGGCUCUCAUACCCGAAGAUUCUGGCGAUUAUGAGAUUAAAGCAACCAAUCAUUUGGGUUUUAACACAUCCAAAGUGACGCUCAAAGUCGUGGACAGGGGUAGUGUACUAUUGGACUCAAUACAACCGAGUAGUCUCAGCAAAAUACGAGCCCUCGAAACGCCCCGACGGGUCAAACGCCAAGACGACGACACCAUUUUCGUCGAUAAACCAGAGUUUGGAAACUCUUUACGCAAUUACGAGAACCUGAAAGAAGGCGAACCCUUCCAUUUGGAGGCCACUCUCACCCCCGCCGACGACCCGACGAUGAGAGUCGAGUGGUUAGUGAACGGCGUUCCGCUCCAAACCGGACACCGUUUCAAAUCACUGCACGAUUUCGGUUUCGUAGCUCUCGACGUCCUCUACGCCUAUCCCGAAGACUCGGGCACUUAUAUGUGUCGUGCCGUGAAUGAGGCCGGAGAGGCCGUCACCACCGGUUCCAUACGUGUUGAGCAGCGAAAGGUGAUCGACACCGACACUAUCCAUGAGGAGAGUCUUCAGCAAAUCGCAGCUCUCGAAAGACCGCACGUAAGGCAACGACUGUCGCCUCAGAUGGAAACGUGUCGACCGGUGUUUACAAAGCCAUUGAAAAAUAUUGAAAACCUGAGAGAAGGCCAAUCGGCACAUCUCGAGUGCCGACUCGAGCCAAUCAAUGACCCGUCAAUGACUGUCGAGUGGUUUCUCAACGAAACUCCGCUCAAAACUGGCCAUCGAUUUAGACUAACCAAUGAUUUCGGUUAUAUAGCCCUCGAUAUACUGUACGCAUAUCCGGAAGACACGGGAACUUAUAUGGUUAGGGCUACCAAUGAUUUAGGAGAAGCUGUAAUCACCUGUACUAUCAGUGUUACGGAAAAGCGAUCCAUUAUUUACGACACCAUUAAUCCGGACGGACUCGAGAGGAUUCAAUACUUGGAAAGACAGACACCUCGAGGACUGCAAGAAGUGGAAGAGAGACCUCCGACUGAACCAAUGUUUUUGUCCAAAUUAAAGGGCACAACACGACUACAUGAGGGCCAGAGAGCCCACUUCGAGUGCAGAGUUGAGCCCUCAUAUGAUCCACAACUAGAGAUUGAAUUCUUACACAACGGAAAGACUUUGAUUUCUGGCUCACGUUAUCAUACAUUCUGUGAUUUCGGAUACGUAUCGCUUGAUAUCGCAUACGUUUAUCCCGAAGAUUCCGGGAGUUAUUCAGUGAAAGCUUCCAAUUUGUUGGGAGAAGUGAUCACUUCUAUUAACCUCACUGUCGAGGGAAAGAGUUCAAUACAGACGGAAAGCAUGCAUUCGGAGGCUUUGCCUAAAUUGCAUGCUUUGGAAACCGAAUAUCGUUAUACAGUUCAGGAAGAAGUGCUUACAUUUCAAAGGCCUGUAUUCACGACUCCCUUACGAAAUAUUGACAAUGUGUUAGAAGCAGACGCCGCGCACUUCGAGGCCAAACUCAUUCCCGUCGGAGAUCCCACUCUCGAAGUCCAGUGGUAUCACAACAACACACCCCUCAAAACAGGAUCGAGAUUUAUAACAAUGAAUGAUUUCGGUUACGUCGCGCUCGACAUCCUUCAAAUACAACCGGAAGACGCGGGCGUUUAUACGGCACACGCCGUCAACUCUAUGGGCGAAGCGGUCACUACGGCUACCAUGAGAGUCAACUCUGCCGUUCAGAUCCAUUCACAACAUCCCGAAGGACUGCAACAAAUUCAAGCGCUCGAGAGAUCCAAAUAUAUGGGUCCGCGAGAAGAACCCGAACAAUGGUUUGAAAAGCCUAUCUUUACGACACCUUUGGUCGGACCGCACGAUCUGAUCGAAGGACAGGCGGCGCGCUUUGAGUGCCGGGCCGUUCCCGUUGGCGAUCCUGACUUGGAUUUCAUCUGGUAUUUAAAUGGCAAAGAACUGCUGAUGGGCUCGAGAAUAGCCACUUCGCACGACUUUGGCUAUGUUUGCCUCGAUAUCGCGUCCACUGUUCCCGAAGACUCUGGCGUUUAUAUGAUUAAAGCCAUCAACAGAUCGGGAGAAGCAAUCACUUCGGUUUCAUUGAGAGUCAAAGCUCUUUCGACGAUUGACAUGCAUUGUCAACAUCCGGAAGCGUUUAGACAAACACAAGUGUUUGAGACCGAUAUCCGCACAACAGUUACGGAGACUACGGAAGAGAUAUACGAGAGACCGGUCUUCACGAGACAACUCUCGAGUAUAAAGGAUAUAAAAGAAGGCGAUUAUGUCUUUAUUGAGGCUCAGAUCGAGCCCUCAAAUGACGAUAAACUGAUUGUCGAGUGGCAUAAAAAUGGCCAAUACUUGGUCUUAGGCUCCAGAAUAACCACACGAUUUGAUUUCGGCUUAAUAUCACUCGAAAUAAUGGAUAUUAAAGCUGAAGACUCUGGAAUUUAUACGUGCAGAGCUGUCAAUGAUUCGGGUGAAGCCAUAUCCACGUGUACUUUGAAAGUCAAAGGCUCCGAGAAUCUGGACUUCCGUUCACUGCAUCCCGAAAGUUGGCAACGAAUACAAGAGUUCGAAGCCUUCAGACCAACGAAAGCCGAAAUUCCCGAAUUCGAGACCGAAUUACCGAAUUUUGUCUCACAUUUGAAUGAUUUGAAUCUAAAAGAGGGCGAAACCGCGCACUUCGAGUGCAGAGUUGAGCCCUCAUCCGAUCCGACCAUGAAAUACGAGAUACUAAGGAAUGGCGAACCCAUGCCUUCCGGAAGCAGAUAUUCAGUCACUCAUGACUUUGGAUACGUGUCCGUCGAUAUCGCAUACGUUUAUCCCGAAGACUCGGGUGUCUAUACGUGUCGGGCGUCCAAUCCAAAGGGUCAGUCGGUGUCCACCGCAUCACUCAAAGUGGUGGGAAAGGGCUUAAUAGACACGACAACUCUGCACCCGACGGGUCAGCAGGGAUUAGAGCGUAUUAAACAACUCGAGACAACUGUUGAACGAGUCAUACCCGCCGAAGCGAAACCAGAGUUUACAAAACCGUAUUUCGUUAUACCAUUGAAACACAGCUUUAAAGUGAAUGAAAGCGAAGGAUUGCAUUUGGAGUGUCGGGUCGAGCCCUCAAACGAUCUCAAUCUAUGCAUUGAAUGGCUGGUCAACGGACAGCCGCUAACCAGUGGCUCACGAUUUGCCACUACAAGUGAUUUUGGGUUUAUUGUGAUGGAUAUUCACGACCUCUGGACCAGAGAUACUGGUGUUUACACCUGCAGAGCUACUAAUCAAUUGGGAGAAGCGUUUACUUCAACACAAAUCGAUGUCAUAGCAAAAGGUGUCACUUCUGGAAAGGCAUUACAACCCGACGAUAAGACUGCCCAGAAAAGUGAUCGCCAAUCGGAUGAGGACUUUGAGGCGAUUCAAGUGCCAAAAAUCACGUUAGUAUCGAAACACAUGACAGACCUAACGGAAGGCCAAUCGGCGCACAUCGAGGCCAGUCUCGCACCGAUGGACGACACGUCGAUGACUGUCGAGUGGCUGUUCAAAGGAGAGCCACUUCAGGCCAGCAAUCGUAUCAAUACAAUCCAUUCGUUCGGAUAUAUAAUUCUAGAGAUUUUCAAUAUAAGAACCGAAGACUCGGGAACUUAUACUUGUGUUGCGGCCAAUGAUUGCGGAACCGAUGCCCUCAACAUUGACUUGGAGUGCAUUGAAUCGGUUCCCGGAGAGAGACCACACUUUAUAUCCCAAAUGCAAUCAGUGGAGGGCCUAAAAGAGGGACAAAGCGUUCACUUCGAGUGCCAAUUAGAGCCGGUGGGCGACCCCAACCUUACCGUCGAGUGGUAUCACAACAGCGUUAUACUGACCCCCAGUUCACGGAUCAAAGUGGUGACCGAUUUUGGGUAUGUAGUGAUGGAUAUAUCGUACGUCCACUCAGAAGACUCGGGCGAAUACGUAUGCGUCGCGUCCAACAAAUACGGCUCCGACACAACCAAAUUCAACAUACAGUGCAGUCCCACUCCUAAAGUGGACAAACACGCCAUCCUUACCGAAAGUAUGGGACAAAUACACGCACUCGAAGGCUAUGCCAAUGUCCAGAGUAUGGGCCAAAUAGUGCCCACAACCAGUCAAUCGCCAAAGUUUUUGAGUCCAAUCAAAGAGUUGCCAAAUUUAGUUGAAGGACAGAGCGCUCACUUCGAGACCCAAUUGGUUCCCAUCAAUGAUCCAGAAAUGGUUAUCGAGUGGUAUAUGAAUGGAGAGCCGCUUCGGUCGGGACAGAGGUUUAGGGCAUUCAAUGAUUUCGGGUUUGUUGUGCUCGACAUCUUGGACUGCGAUGAAAGGGAUAGCGGUGUCUAUGAGUUGUUAUCGAGUGAGCCGCUUCGGUCGGGACAGAGGUUUAGGGCAUUCAAUGAUUUCGGGUUUGUUGUGCUCGACAUCUUGGACUGCGAUGAAAGGGAUAGCGGUGUCUAUGAGUGCGUCGCCACCAAUAGCUUCGGUUCAGACAAAGUGACCACUUCUUUAAAAUGCAAACCAAAACCCAAAGUGAUUCUCGAAUCGCAACUUCCAGUUUCGAUGGCCAGAGGUAUUAAGGAUUUGAUUGAUUACGAAGAGUCGCUGAAUGUGAAGCCAAUUGAAUACAUGGAAGAAUAUGUGUACGAAUUGCCCCGUUUUGAGGCUCCGCUCGAAAAUGUGGCAAAUCUUAAAGAAGGCGAUGGUUUGCAUAUCGAGACCAGAAUCACACCAACAGAUGACCCGAAUCUGACCAUUGAAUGGCUGAAAAAUGGACAGCCAUUGCGGGCCAGUAAUAGGAUCCGAACCAUUUCCGACUUUGGUUUUGUUGUGUUGGAAAUUAAUCCGGUUUACAGUGAGGACAGCGGUCUGUACUCAGUUCGGGCGUCCAAUAAUACGGGCGAAGCUGUCAUGACGUGUAACAUAAAAUGCCAAUCGAGUCGUAAAGUGGUUCUCGAGACCCAAUUGCCCGACGGCUCGGAAACCACUUUUCAGAAAUUGUCACAAUUUGAGGAAACAGUUGAACGACAAGUGAGCGACAGUUGGACUACGAUUGAAGAACAGCCGCCGAAGUUCUUGAGCCAACUCAAAGACAUUGCCAUCAAUGAGAAUGAUUUCGUUCACUUCGAGUCCCGAUUAGUGCCGGUAAGCGAUCCCACGAUGAAAGUGGAGUGGUUUUUGAACGACAAACCGCUGACCACUGGAUCCCGAUUCCGGACAAUCAGCGACUUUGGAUACGUUGUGCUGGAAAUCGCCGAAACAUAUCCACGCGAUUCCGGUCUCUAUGUGUGCAAAGCGGUCAAUAUGUUUGGCGUUCUGAGGUAG